ACCGUUCUCUGUCAGUUAUUCUUGAUGGCAAUAUGCUUGCACAGGUGAAGCAAGCAAAAGUGUUGGGUUUAACGCUUGACGAGUUUUUAAUUUGGACCAAGCAUAUUGACAACUUGUGUUCAACAAUUAAUAGUAGACUUGCUUUAUUACGCAGGAUUAAACAUUUUUUAACUAAGGACUGUGCUCUUCGUUUCUAUAACUCCUGUAUUAAUUCAAGUCUUAUCUACUUUGCAUCAGUAUUUGCAACAGACAACUUAUCUGAUCAAUCUGAAGAACUAAGUACUGACCCACUCAUAUCUGAAGUAAUUGUAAGCGAACUGGAAAUUGAAACUUUACUUAAAACCCUCGAUAGCAACAAAGCAACCGGUCCAGAUGAAAUUCCAGCCAGACUACUCAAA